CCUUUGCUUCCUGAGUGCUGGGAUUAAAGGCCUGUACCCACUACUAGAAUCUUAAUAGCAAAUACUUCUGCCUCGCUGGAGACGGCUCUCUUUCUUCAGGCCCUCUAAGGGCUCCUACGCUCUGGACUUGGUCCUCUAGUGUUUCAGUUCGAUGCUGACACCUGCUGGUCACAUAUGGCUCAGCCGCCUUAACAUUGGCACCUGCCUCCUGCCGGGACUGAAGGCCAGGGCAGUCCAUGCCAGUCUUACCUGCCCAGGCCUGAAGAUGCUCGAGAGAAUGCUGUUCCACUGCAGCCCUCGAUGGUCCUCAGCACUCCCUUCACCGACUCCCACCUUAAAAACCUGGACUCUGCAUUGUUCUCAGUACCACAAGAAUAUUAGACAGCAGGAAAGAAGCGGCCAUUCGGGUGGAGGGUGUGCAGUCGGUCCUUCCCGCCUCAGAGCUGGUGCUUCCUACGGAAUUCCAUUCCUUUUGACCUUUGUCUUAUUUCUAGGUUGCUCUUGGGACACAGGCCUCCUUGGUGACAGUGGUGAUGAACCGGAGGUUGAGAGUAGGUGGGCGGGGCUUGGGGUGGGGCUAGACCAAAGGGCCUCUUACUUAGGAGCUUCUCCAUUCUGUUAGCUCUCAGGAACAUCCAAGGCAAGACUGACACCCGGUGCCCAGCCCCAGCGCCCAGCACCCAGCGCCCAGCACCCAGCAGGAAGCCUUCGGCCUCUUCUAGUCACUGAACACACACCCACCUCCCCAAGCACCAUGGAGUCCUUCAGCUCAAAGAGUCUGGCACUACAAGCCGAGAAGAAGCUACUGAGUAAAAUGGCUGGUCGGUCCGUGGCUCAUCUCUUUAUCGACGAGACCAGCAGUGAGGUGCUGGAUGAGCUUUACCGUGUGUCCAAAGAGUACACGCACAGCCGGCCCAAGGCACAACGGGUGAUCAAAGACUUGAUCAAGGUGGCCGUCAAGGUGGCCGUGCUGCACCGCAGCGGCUGCUUUAGUCCCGGGGAGCUGGCUCUGGCUACACGCUUUCGCCAGAAGCUGCGGCAGGGCGCCAUGACGGCACUCAGCUUCGGUGAGGUGGACUUCACCUUCGAGGCUGCUGUGCUAGCAGGCCUGCUCACCGAGUGCCGGGACAUUCUCUUGGAGCUGGUGGAGCACCACCUCACCCCCAAGUCACAUGACCGCAUCAGACACGUGUUUGAUCACUACUCUGACCCUGACCUGCUCGCUGCCCUCUAUGGGCCUGACUUCACUCAGCACCUUGGCAAGAUUUGUGAUGGGCUCCGGAAGCUGCUGGAUGAAGGGAAGCUCUGACGCCCUCGAGCCCAGCACACUGGACUUUGGCAAAAUGACUGACUGGGCUUUCUAACCCUGCACAAAUGCUUCUCAAUCCCCUGGCUUCAUUCUCUCCCAAGAGUGACGUUGACACGAGGUCACCCCCACCCCCAAACAGCUGGCGGAGAAAAAGCAUGCUGAGCUGAGUGAGGCGGCUCUCCCAUCCAGUGCCAGCAAAGGAAACAGCUGAUUGAGGAAGAUGAAGUGAAACUCGGGUCUGCUGCUCCCAGGAGAACUGCCCGAAAAGGGAUCCUCCUCCUCCACAAACCCAAGGAAGGGGGCACUGGAGGCCAGCAGCAGGAAGGUGGCCAUCGGAAGCCUCCUAGGUCUCCUAGAGCUGGACACAUACCGGAGGCUGUGCUCCAGAGUUUCUAGAAGGGGCCGGGGG